UUUCUUAAGAUUUCUUCGUCCUGAUUGGUCACUCAAAGUUACUCUACGCGACAAGUAGAAUUUUCGAACACAGCCCAAAGGAAGGGAGAAGGGACUCGAGAAGUUCAAGUUUUGUUUGACGUUUGACGUAUAUUUGUAUAUCAUAAGAAUAUAUUUUUAAAUAAAUAAAAAUGGUGAACAUGGAGAUUGUAGGAGCAUCUAUAAAAUGCAGCUUUGAUACGCCAAUCUCUGUGCGAAAGUUGAAACAGAGAGUCGAAGAAGCAACGGGGCUUCUACGGAAUCAAUAUUACAUCCUGUACAAUGGUCGACUUAUACAGGAAGAUAGUAUCUGCUCGAAUGGCCAUGCAACUGUGGUCCCAAGACUAUUGGGCGGUAAAGGUGGUUUCGGAUCCAUGUUACGUGCAAUAGGCGCGCAGAUUGAGAAGACCACAAAUCGUGAAGCAUGCAGAGAUCUCAGCGGUCGCAGAUUACGUGAUAUAAAUGAGGAAAAAAGGCUGAAAGCUUGGAUUGAGAAACGGGUCAAGAGGGACAAGGAGGCGGUGGAACGCAAGCAAAAGAAAUUGGAAAAACUGUGCGCUGAACCGAGGCACGAGUUCAAAGAUCAGCGUUAUGAUCAGGAGCGUGCAGAGUUGACUGAGAGAGUUGGAGACGCUGUAGACGAAGGAUUCAAGAUUGCUGGUACAUCGGGUAUCAAAAGGAAACACGAGGAAAACAGUAAAACCAGUAAACGCAAGACUAUGUUGGAUUUGGAGAUUGACUCCGAUGAAUUUGAGGAUUCUGACGAUAGUGAUGAGGAUGAGGCCCUGCCUAUGGAAAAACCUAAGGCAAAAGAACAAGCGUCGAUUGAAAGCGGACAUUCCAAUGACGAUACCGAAAAUAUCGAUGAACGUGUCAAGCGAGUAAAAAGCGAAAAUUCUGAAUCGUUGAUUGAUAAUCAGAUAAACAAUAAAGUGUCGAAUGAUGACUCAUUAAAUACAAAAUGUAUCAAAGCCUGAACGUAAAUGUGUAUAAAAAGUACAAUGAAAAAUUAUAUUUAUGCCGCCUUUAAAGUUGGAUUAAUUGCUUUAUAUUCGAUUUAUGUAAUAAUUGCUUUACAUUUUAGAGAAAUGUAGCUUUAAUUUUAAACACAUUAUGUCAUUUAUUAAUAAUUGUAUAUGGAGUAAAAAAUUUAACGAUGUAAAUUGCUUGAAAUAAUUUUUUUGUAAUAUAUUCCUUAAUGUGAUGCAAUAAAUUAUAUGUUUAAUUCAAAUAAUGCUUGAAUUUUUUCAAAGAAUUUUCUGAUUCAAACAACGGUUCUCAUUAAAUUCCAAGCUUUCAAUUCUACCGUUCAAUUCAAUGGUAAAAAAGUAAUAUAUAGUUUUAUAGCAUGUAACAGAAUUUUUAUGUAAAAGUAAUUGAUAUAAAUGAUAUAAAUAUGUGUAAUUUUUUUACUUAAGAAUCGAUUUUACAUCAAUUUCAGGAAUGUAUGUUAAAGUUAACAUGUAUAAAUCAUGGAUUAGAUUAGAUUUCACUUACUACUAUCUAGUUUUUCCUGGGAUCUCUAGUAAAGGAUAGGGCAAUGUUUAAACAAGCUGCAGACUGGUUGCUGCUAUUUGAGGGUAACUUCCAUGCUUAAUAUGUAAACAUAAUACUAAGAAUAUUAAAUUUAGUACAUAAAUAAAAGAAUAUCAGUAAUAUUGAAA